AUGCUUGAGGAGAGCAGCCAUGCUCCUCGUUCUCUGCUUCUCAUGAAGGGUGUGGGAGGGAGGCGAGGGAGGGAAGGAGGGAGGGAGAGGACAUGCACACGGAUUUACGAGCGGGUGAUAGACCCUCCUCAGAUGGAACUCACCCCAGGCAGUGGAGUGUGGCUGGGCCAGCACAGCCACAAGCAUGGCCUGUUUAAGGGCAUAAUCCAGGAUGUUAAGUUGAUUUUCGCCCCCAACGGCUACAUCACGCAGUGCCCUAACCUUAACCGCACCUGUCCGACCUGCAGUGAUUUCCUGAGCCUGGUGCAAGGCAUCAUGGACCUUCAGGAGCUGCUUGCAAAGAUGACCCUGAAGCUGAACUAUGCAGAGUCCAGGCUGACCCAGCUGGAGGGUUGUCACUGUGAGAGGACCUGCAGCGCCAACGGUCUGGUCUACAGGGACAAAGAGCUGUGGGUGGAGCCGGAGAACUGCAGGAACUGUGCAUGCAAGAAUGGUGUGGUGGAGUGUCGCAGGAUCUUCUGUCCUCCGGCAAACUGCUCAGAGGACUCCCUGCCUGUUCACAUCGAUGGGACCUGCUGCAGGAAAUGCAGACCAAAAUGUACCUACAUGGGCCGAACCUUUUCUGAAAGCCAACACUUUUUAUCCCGGAGCUGCAGGGAAUGCAAGAACGGCCUGAUGGUGAAAGUCACAGAAACUUGUCCGGAGCUCAACUGCACCGUCAGUGAGCAGAUCUUACCAGACGGCAGAUGCUGCAAUGUUUGCAGAGGUUACAAUUUCUGUGCGGAGGGAGUCAUCUGUGGAGAAAACUCUGAGUGUAAAAAUCGGAAUACUAAAGCGGAGUGCGAAUGCAAGAGUGGCUACGCCUCCAUCCACGGGGAUUCUACAUACUGUGAAGAUAUCGAUGAGUGUGCGACUCAGAUGCAUUACUGCCAAUCCAACACGAUGUGUGUCAACCUGCCCGGCAGCCAUCGCUGUGACUGUCUGCAAGGCUUCAUCAGAGUGGACGAAUACUCCUGCACCGAGCAUGACGAAUGCGCCAGCGGGCUAAAUUUGUGCGACGAGAACGCCAUCUGCACCAACACCAUCAGAGGACACCUGUGUACCUGCAAGCCGGGCUACGUGGGCAACGGCACCAUCUGCAGAGCGUUCUGUGAGGAGGGCUGCAGGAGUGGAGGGACCUGUGUGUCUCCCAACACGUGCGUCUGUCCCUCCGGGUUUACGGGACUCCGCUGUGAGACAGAUAUCGACGAGUGUGCAGAGGGCCUGAUUGAGUGCCACAACCACUCCCGCUGUGUCAACCUGCCCGGCUGGUACCACUGUGAAUGCAGAAGUGGUUUCCAUGACAAUGGCUCCUACCUGCUCGAUGGGAGCUCCUGCAUUGACAUCGAUGAGUGCAGUCAGCAGACACACACCUGCUGGAACGACAGUGUGUGUGUGAACCUCCCUGGAGGCUACGACUGUGUGUGCACGUCUGGCCCAGGCUGCAGCGGCGACUGUCCACAGGAGGAGGGAAUCAGACGCAACGGGGAGGACUGGAAACCAGGCUUUGACCGCUGUGCUAUCUGCUCCUGCAAGGAUGCUCAGACGUACUGCAGGAGGAGACCCUGUGACUGCGGAGACCCAGACGAGGAUCUGUUCUGCUGUCCCGGCUGUGACAACAGGCCCAACAGCCAGUGUCUGGACCAGAGCGGACAACUCUACCGCAGCGGAGCGUCCUGGCUCUACGGCUGCCAGCAGUGCCGUUGCAUGGAGGGGGAGGUGGACUGCUGGCCUCUGGUUUGCCCCGUGUUGAUGUGCGAGUACACGGCGGUGGCGGAGGGCGAGUGCUGCCCGCGCUGCGUCACAGACCCCUGCCUGGCCGACAACCUGUUGUAUGACAUUCGGCAGACGUGCCAGGACCCCGCGGGUGUCAUCCGCCUCAGCGGGGACACAUGGCAUAUGCCCAACUCACCCUGCACCACCUGCAAGUGCAAGAACGGAAACGUUUGCUGUUCAGUGGAUCUCGACUGCCUUCAGAACAACUAAAGCUCCCCUCCUCCUCCUCUUCCUCCUAUCACUGCGGGACUGCCAUGCACCCCCCACCCCCCCCCCCC